UAUGUCAUAGCGCUGCCUUUAAUACAGAGACCUGGGGUUUCUUGACAUCACACCAACCAGCACCCAAAAGCGACAGACACAGACCGGCACGUGUACGUUCAGCCUCAGAGCAGCGGUGGCCAACCUGUAACGAACCAGGAGCCAAAGGGUACCCCUUGAGUUCUGCAAAGAGACAAGUGUAUAUACGAUUAAAAGGCGAAGUAUGUCGAUGGCCGGAGCUACAUCCCAGACCCUCGUGGCCUUUACGUCCCUUCUCUUGCUGGUGCUGGUCUCCUGCCUCCCCAGAGGCAUCGUGUAUGCAAAACUCACAGCAAACGAUUGCGAGACCCUGUGUAAAAAGAGCACCUCGUAUCCUCCAGUCAUAUACAGCGACAAAGCGUUGGCCUGCGAGUGGUUCUGUGGAACGCCACUAACCAAACCCGUCACCAACCAGCAACACACUAUCACCGUGAUGAAAGGAUGCGUGUACACACAACUCAGGGCGCUAAUUCCAGACAAAAUCGACUCCUGCUCUCCGUCAACUGACACCGUGAUUUAUCCCGAUCCCUUCAGCUGUAUGGAGAACACCACCCAAUACAUCAAGUCUUCGAAGGGGGACAUGGCAGUUCCCAUAGAUUGUGUGCGACCUUGCAUUCAGUCGAACACCACGGCAUUGUUAGUGGCGGGGAGUAAAAUGAGCGACAUCCCAAGUCUCCAGAUUGCUCAGCAGUGUGCGUGGACGUGCCUUCUCAAAAUGCUUCAGAACGGCAACAUCACUGAAGCUCGCAACGUGGUUUUCCCACAAGAGUUUUACGACUCCAGCACGAUAACCAAAUUCAUCUGUAACUACUCAAACGCACUUCCCUUGGAUUCCACCAAAGCAAACAAGGCCCUCUUUUCUGCAAAGCUGACGUGGCUGUGUCUGGAGAAGAAACCCCCCACUGAUGGCAGCGACUUAGUCAUUGAGCAAGACAUUUGGAUGCUUGUGGAUACUACGACCCCGUCUCUUGGGAAUGUCGUCGUCAACGGGGCCUUGGAGGUCCUUCCGGGCGGCACACUGAGAGCAGCGCACAUCACUGUGCAGGGUGGGAAGCUGGUGUCGCGUAGGACGGAGCUUCAACAAGGAAUAGCACGUAUCAUCUUGACCGGCAGCUCUGACCCUUUUGGUCGUGGCCUAGCUAUAUUCGGAAGCUUGGAACUGGAAGGAAGGGAAAGAUUCUACAAGGGGAAACUGGCAGCCACGGCCCGUGCCGGAACCACAACGAUCACACUCAAUGACAACAAUUUGCAGACGGGCGACGAGAUUCUCAUCACCGCGAGUGGGUUCAGCUUCCAGGAGAACGAGGUGCGUAAGGUUGCCUCGGUUGCAAAGAGCGAGAUCACCCUGACGGCUGCGCUCGAAUUCUCCCACUGGGCAUCUUCUGAUGGGACUAUGGCCAGUGAUGUGGUCCUGUUGAGCCGGGACCUUGUUGUGGAGAUGCAGUCAUCGGGCGACACCUCCGGCUCUGCUCCCGCUUGGAUCUACCUUGGGAAAAAUCAGACAGGUGACGUCUCGAUAAAAUACACGGACUUUCACUUCCCGAGCGAGCCCUUCGCAGGCGCUGUCCAGCCAUUCUCCCUCUUCUCCAGCGAAAAUGUGACGAAGGCGAACAUCAAAUUCAGUGUUUUCCGUGGUGGUUUUGGGCCCUCCAUCAAGAUUGCUGGCACGUCCAACGUUCUGGAACACUGCGUGGUCUUUAACACCAGCGGAUCAGGAAUUGUGGUGACGGGACCAUCAAAUACGAUUACGUCUAACCUCGUGACCACGUCGGCUUCCGACUAUGGAAUGACUUCGAAUUACCUGCCUGCGGCCAUCGAGGUCAUGGACAUGUCGAGCAGACUCACGGGAAACGUGGUGGCUGGAUUUAAGUACGUCGCCUACCGAUUAUCUGCAUCCAAUUUACCAGGAUAUGUGAACGAGGCACACUCGGGGCUCUACGGAGUUUACGUGACCGGUAACUGUGACAAAGACGUCAUCGUGAGGGACUUCCUCGUGUGGAAGAGCUGGAACUACGGUGUCUAUAUCCAGGUCAACACCAACGUGACGGUGACCAACGUGACUUUGGCCGACAACGGAGUGGGCGUCUUUGCCAUGGUCUACACGGCGUUCAACACCUCCACCUUCCUCAACAAGUCCAUCACCAUCAAUGCAAGCACCAUCAUCGGCGCAAGCUCCGACGAAACCUGCGGCAACGUCGCGCCACAGAACGGCUACAUCCCCGACAAGCUCAAUGCCCUCCCCGUGCCCGAUGGCCGAGUCGGUGUCCUGUGGCCGAUGUUCACAUCCAACCGUAACAAGGCCCCUGCCUACGGCCACCACGCCGUACCAACCAACUACAGUGUCUUGAAUGGCCAGACCAACAUCGACACCGUGAAAUUCAUGAACUUCAGCACCUGCCAAGGCAACAAAGGCUCUGCUGCGAUUGCCACAAACGGCCUGUCUGAGGACUUCCAGCACCCGAUCGUCAUCAAGGGCACCAAGCUCCAAAACGUGAACGAUGAAAACAAGAUCUACAUGCACGUGGCCAAGAAAACCGUCGCAUUGGGAUGUCCAAACGCGGCGUGUGAUGGGAAGAGAACGGCGCUGCUCACCGACACAGACGGAUCCUUUCUGGGCAAGGAAGGCACCGCUGUGCCCAUCGCCGACAAAUUGUGGGGCGAUCCCUCCCUGGGCAUCGGGGACAAUUGGGUGCCCAAGAUCGCGCUCACAUGGCCCAACAACUCGAUGUCAACGCUCGCCAGCAUCGCUUCCAAAAAAGGCGUGUUUAUGGACGGCUGCACGGACAUGGUCACGUGGUGGAAUUGCGGCGGGGUGCAACACGCCGUGCUGGCCAUGCAGAGCAUGGACGCCGACUUCACGUCGCGCCCCUUCUCCCCGGCAGCACUACUCAGCCCCAACUAUGUCAACGUCCUCAACGGGCCCCCGCUGCACGAGAUGGAAUCCUGCCCCAAGGACAGCCCGUGUCCCCAGACCGCCAGCGUGUUCCACGGCAUCGUGAACACGGCGGACUGCCACACUGUGUACUUCCUACGGUACCCUCCGCACGCCUUCCGUCUCACGCUGCUCUCCGGCAAGCCCGACACGACGUUCAAAGUGGGCCUCUUCUACCCAAAGGAUUUGCGCUUCAGGGUGAGCGUGAACCGGGGAUCAUGGACAUCCGUCACUGUGGGAAAGAACAUUUCCUGUCCGGACGCCGUACAGGGUUUCAACAACUACUACCGCAUCCUCUACCUGAACCUCCACGCCGGCGAUCUGGUGGAUUUGCUCAUCAGCAACACCGCCGGAAUCUCCUUCACGGCCCGCAACACGACCGCCGAGAAUUACCCCACCGCCGACAAAAUUCGCAGUUCCGUGGCGGCCAAAACCAACUCGAGCGAAGACAAAAUUGAAGUGAUCAUCGAAAAACCUCAGGCUCAAGCGCGAAAGCGACGAAGUUCAACCGACGAUCUGGACCCCAUCAUUUACAUCACCAUCAUCGCCGACAUCAACGAUGGGAACCUCGACGAUGCCGCCUUGAACAUUAACUCCAAAGCAGAUUUCGAUGCGUACAUCCUCUCCAGAAAUCUCAGAGACAAGCUUACGGCCAGUGUGCUGAGUGGGCAACUGUCGGCUGACCUCGGCUUUGACCUCUCCAACAUAAGCGUGGUUGAUCCCCUGCCUGCUGUGGGCUCUUCAGAAUGGACUGAGGUCACAUAUACGGACGUGAUUUUUGAGUCGCCGUACAUGUCAUCCCUCUACGGCCUCAGGAUCUUCUCGUUCCCAAAGAAGAUGCUCGCCGGGAAGUCUUUCUUGGUCAUGGUCCAGGCCAUCGACAAAAACAGCUUGUGCGUGAACGUGGGCGGGACAUCCUGGACACUCAGCGUCAUUCUCAAGGAUGCCAAGGGAAAGCCGGCAGAACUACUCCGUGGUCACCCGACCAUCAACUUCAAAGGCUGCUGGGGAAACUACACUGACCUGCAGAUCACAAGCACAGGCGCUGGCUUUGUGAUGCAGUUUAUUAUCAACCAGAACACCCAGUACCAGGUGAGUACCAACCCCUUCUCGGUGGAGGAGGAGCGUGUCUCGCUUGCCAAGAAUGUUGCGUCGAUCAUCGUGGGCGGCAUCCUCGGGGCAUUGGUGUUCAUAGCCGUGGGCGCUGGAGGCUUCUGCUGUCACAAAAAAAGAAAGAUGCAAGAAAACGGCAAACCACCCAUGAUGUGAUGCUGCGGAAGCAAUGCUGCCACGCAGACAUUCCAAGCCUCUUUGCUAUUCGCUGUGCUUUACUCCGCAACUACACACUAUCAACUUCAUUCUUUUAGUUUCCACAUUUUUCAGUUAUCGGAGCAGAGGGGGUGUGUGAUAUGGUCAUCGAACGGAGGCAUGCUUUGACAACUGAAUGUAUCUUUACGAUCGACGGUUUUUCUUAGUGAUGUAAUGCUUGCAUGCCGUUACAUCGACAUGUUUGUGAGGCUUUUUUAACUACUCAUAAUUAAUGCAGCGGGCACCCAUCAUCUCUUGAUUCCAAUGUUGGAGCAUCUUGAGAAGCCUUUGGCGAUGCCGAUGCUGCGUAUAGGCAGUUGGUGCGCAAGCACAAAUAACAGCAACAACAACGAAAACUCGUCGCAUUCGUCGGAAACACUGUGCUCUAAAACGAAAAAGUGUACAAUAGGCGACAAUUCGGGCAGUGGCCAUUCAUCACAGCACAUAGUGAAACCUCUCUAUGCAUUGUGAAGAAUGGAAGUGUUAUUGAUGCAAUGCGUUGAGUUUUUGGAUUAUCUCGAGAUGCAUUGAGAUACUGUGUGAAUCAAACGUGUCAUUUGUACCUGUAAGUGCUUUAGCAUCAGGGGUGGGGAAGCCGACGGAACUUCAAUCCACAUGGUCAGUGGCCACAUGCAGCGAACCACAUCGCAAGGGCCCAGGACUGAUAUAUUUUUUUGGUCCCUGCGAGCAUCUUAAAUGCACAUUUUGGGUGUUAGAGGGGAAUGUUUUAAAAUCUGGCAACAACGCCGUAUUUUUCUUUAACGAUAUUCUAAAAUCAUCUCAGGGGGCCUCUUGCAGUGACAGAAGAGACUUGAGGUGUGUGUUAUGGGGAGCGGUGGCUACGAACCCGUCGACACGAGUUCAAUUCCUGCUCAUGGCCAACACCGGCGAUGAUUAUCUGAUCUAGUCAUGGGCCUCCCCGAGAUCGACUCGGCCUCAAAUGACUACCUUGGUGCAGUGUGUGAACAUCGCCUCCUCGUGUGCCGUGACAGCCGACAAAAGGUGCUCGCUAACAGCCCUUGCCCCAGUUGUCGUGUUAUGAUUUAUACAGGGGAUCUUUGUCUCGUGUUAAUGUGUGGUUGGUUGCCCACCAAAGGUGUUUGUUUGCAAGUCCUAUUCGGCACUCGAUCAGUAAAAAAAGCUUCCCCACCCCUGGCUGACGUGAACACGACGCAGAUUAGGAUUUUGAGCAUUCAUGCACGAGCACUCGUGUCCUCUUGUGCACUGUUUCAUCCACAUUCACAGAAGCUUCCUUUCUUCCACAAACACGUGGACUGGGACUUAUGAGAUAUAUGGAUUGUAUGCACUCUGCAGAGCAUAUACCAUAUGUACGCAUGAAACACAAUUGAUAUCAUUAGUUAUUGCAGUCUGAAUUUAAAAAAAUAACAUAUCUUUAAAAAUAUAUAUUGCAUUUUAUGUAUCGUGCAAUUUGAUUAUACAAUGAAUACUAUCCUUAGUAAAGUUUGUGUUCAUUUAUAAGGAACUCAGAGGGCAGGCGGUCGAAUCAAUGGGGUUACAAUGACACUCAC